CCCCCGGGCGGCGACCGUAUGAAAAACCAAGCCAAGGCGGGGCGCCUCCUCUCUUCCGCGUUCGUCGAGGAGUGUCGUCGACGUCUCUUCCAAUCAGGGGCUCCGCUGAUGAAACGGCGCCAAGUUGGAGGGGGCGUGGCAUGAACCCGGCGUCUGAAAGAGGGCUUUGUUUGGUGGUCCGCCUAGCGGAGUUGGUUGGGAGUUUUUGCUUCCAGCCGUUUCCCGCAACCCGGAGGGGGUUCGUUCUCCGUGUCACGUGGCAAACGGUAGUCCUGACGGGCGGAGAUGACCGCGAGAAAGAGGAAACGAGCAUGGCACACAGAACUUGCAUCUUUUCCAGAUGAGAAGCCUGUGGGGGGAGGAAAGAGAAAUGUCAUUGCUUCAGCGUCAGUUUCGAGUGCAUGGCUGCAUUGUGGUGAUGGAUUUCAAACAGCUUCCUCACAGGAGACAAAACGAUUUUCCAAAAAAACUUCAAGAGCUGAAAAGUGCCUUACACCAUUGCUCAAUUCAGUUGAAGGAAUCUCUAAAAGUUCAAAUGAAUUCACUGACAUAGUAUGGAGCUCCAGUGGGAGUGACAUUUCUGAUGAUGAAAAUAAGACUUUCACUUCAAAGUUCCCGUGUCUUAAAGGAGAAAAAUGUGGAAAAUUUGAUUUAAUCUCAAGGGAUAGAUAUGAUGAAGAUGAACCUCAGCUCAUUGACUGGGAGAAUGAAAGUGAUUAUGCAGAUGAUGCAAAUCCAUAUAGUGGAACAAAGCCUGAUGACAUUUCUUUGGACAUACUGGAUGCUGAUUCUUCCACAAGCAGUAAUUGUGAAUCUGAUGAAAAGGCAGAAGAUGAAUUUUCAAAGAUGAUUUCUGUAGAAAUAUCAGAGUAUUCAUCGGACAGUGAAAAGCUGGAUGAAUACAGAGUAGCCUCUGAAGCUACUAACUUAAAUUGUCGUCGGAACGUCCCGUUCAGAUCUGGAACAGGGAUUGAAAUGGAUAUGGGAAAAUCAGCACGUGACUGGUUAAAAGCUGCUCAGACCCUUCUGCAAACACCUAAGAAAAAGGCAGACAAGAGUUUGAGAACUCCAGAAGAUUCUGCAAAGAAAAGAAAAUUACUGAGGGGAGGGCUAGCAGAGAGAUUGAAUAGACUGCAGAACCGAGAGAGGGCUGCCAUUAGCUUUUGGAGGCAUCAGUGUGUUUCUGGUGAUCAAACGCCUUCAGGUGGUAAAUCUGGGGUACUAACUGUGAAGAUUGUAGAAAUGCAUGAAGAAUGCACUGUCUGCAUAGCUAUUUGCUGUCAGCUGGGACAGAUAUGUGCUGACAACACUUUUUCCAUGGAAGAAAAUGCUGACUUUCAGCCUAGACUUAAAGUUCUUUUUGCAAAAGAAACAGCAGCUCAUCUCAAGGCAGUCCCACAGGAUGUAAUACGUAUUUAUCCACCUUGGCAAAAACUUGACCUCCUGAAUGAAAACAUUCCAGUUAUUAUGAAUACUUAUUUCAGCCAGAAGGUUGUUCUUAAAGAACCAACAGAAAUGGAUAGGCCACAUUUUCAAGAGACGUUGCUUAUUAGAAGAAAUAUAUCUUUGGCCUGGAUAUUCACUUUAUUUGACGUAAAAGACUGUUUUCCUCAACCAUCUGCACUUAAUCAGGUUUCUGAUCCAGAUAUGAAGACUUCCAAGACUAUUAGCAGCAGUGAGCUUAAACCAUCUCCCUUUGCAGUUAUUUGUUUGAGUGAUUCUCUUCUUGAUGUUGUGGAGAAAGAAGGAGUGGCCGGAGAGAAAGGAAUUCGAGUCCGUGUGGUUGUUCAAAGAGUGUAUUAUUUGGCUGCUAAAGAAGGUUUAAAAUGUCAUCUUCAGGGAAAUAAUCCUUCCCCAAACAUACUAUUGUUAAAUUCAGACCUGGCAAAUGUUAGAUUGUGCCUCCUUGUUCAAGAUACUUAUGGAAUAUUCAGUGAAAUACAAUUUCAAGUCCUCUUUUCCUCAUCGGAACCAAUCCAGAAGUACAGCACAAAAUGGGAGGGAAAAUACUGUUGUUUAUCCAGAGUGAAAAUUUUGCAAAGAGUCACCAGAGGAAGAGUACUGGGGCUUUUCAGCCUAAUAGACAGUUUAUGGCCUCCACAACAGCCUCUUACAGUUCCUGGUCGAAGCCAAGACAAUGAAAUGGUAACAGCUAACCUGCUUCCUCCUAGUUUCUGUUAUAUUCUUGCUGUUGAUUCUGACCAAAGAGACAUAGAUACAGAUGAAGGAGAACACAUUUCAGACUUGUAUUUCCCUCCAGCUGUGCACAGUCUCAAAGAAAUUGUUCAGAUGGCUGCCUUACAUCACCGCUUCAGCUUUUGGGCACAUGUUGUAUAUCAAAGACUGCUGAUAACAGGGAGCACUCCUUCAAGCCAAAAGCAGCUUUGGCUAUUUGUGACUGAUUUCUCCCUGCAGAGUGAGGUUGAGGUCAAUACCCACAAAAUUCUGCCAAUCUUAGUUGUCUCAUCUUGUGUGGUCAGCAUGGAAGUGCUGGAGGCACUCAAGAGCACAUCUCCAUGUGUUAUUUUCUUCAAGGAUGCUCUUUGUGGAAAUGGUAGGAUUAUUUGCAUUGAACGUACUGUUCUCUCAUUACAAAAGCCCCCUUUGUGUAGGGCUGCUGGUUCUGACAUCACUGAACUGACUGAUCCUGUCAAACUAGAUGAGCUGGAUUCUGCAACUCAAGUCAAUUCCAUUUGUACUGUAAGAGGCGUUAUAGCUGGGGUUAAUGAAAGGACGGCUUUCUCCUGGCCUACAUGUAACAGAUGUGGCAGUGGAAAAGUGGAGCAGCAUCCACAAGGCAGAGGAUUGCUUUAUUGCAUUCAGUGUUGUGAAGCCAUAAUUUCACCAGUUGUCAAGAAGCACUUGGAAGUCUUUGUGCAUUGCCCAUCCAGACCACUGUCUACAGUAAAAAUAAAGCUGCUACAAAAGACAAUUUCUUCACUUCUGGAGCCUUCCCCCAAUGAGGAUGGGUGCUAUGAAUUGAAGAGCGUGCUGGGAAAAGAGGUGGGGUUUUUAAAUUGUUAUGUUCAGUCUGCCACCAAUCACCCAUCUAGCUGUGUUGGACUGGAAGAAAUUAUUCUCCCAGAUGUAGGAGGAAGCUAAAGGAAAUGCUGUCUGCUACCCUAUGAACUUUGUAAUAUGUAACUUGCAAACUAAACUUGUAGAUAAUGUAUUAUAUAGGCAAGUAAAUACUUAACUAGGAAGAGAUUAUUUUUCAGUCAUCUGUCAAAGAAUUUUUUUAACAUCCAUGUUGGGUAUGAGCAAGACAUUAAGUUUCCAGUUGAAGUCUACUGAUUUCAGUGAGAGGAAUAGCAGCCAAGAUAUUAAAUUUCUCCUGUUGAAAUCAGCUGACCCAGCAGCUGCUUAAUUUCCCAUGGUGUAUAUGCUUCUGUUGUACUUAAGUAAUUUUCAAAGUAGUAAAGUGCAAAUGGUACUUCCAACAAUAUUUUUCAUUACUCUUGAAGUUAUUUUUGUUAUAAUGUCCAGAAUCUUACUGGUGAUGACUUGUGCCUUUGUUGCAUGCUUGGUUUGUGCAUUCCGUAUGUGCCUCCAUGCACCUUGUCAAUCAGUUGCAAUUACCUGUAGCAAGUUAGACAAACUUAUGUUUGUGGUGACAAGUUAAACCAGUAAUAUUCCAACCAAUGAGUUUCAGGGGCCAAUAUAUAUAAUUUUUCUAAGUAGAUAUUAAACAAUUGCCUCUUUUUGUAAAAGCUUUUAAAAUUAAUUUCUGAGCUAUGUGCAAGAUCCUCAUGGUGGACUUCAGCGUGUGAAAUGUUGGGAUUCUGGAGAACUGGAAGGGAACAAUUCCUCUUCCCUGCUGCAUCUGCUGUGGAUUCUCAAAACCACUUCAGGGAUCCUGAGAACCUCCUGGAUUUUUUUUCAGGUGGCAUGGAAAGCUGGGGGGGGGGAAGUUAUAUUAUGUGCAGAAUGGCAAUCAGAUGAGUGUUGUCGGGGGUGGGGGAGAGAUUUUCCCAUUGUACGACCAGGUAUGUGACUGAUCUUGCAACCAGUGUGAUGGGAAGCCUGCUAGGGAAAUUAUUGUCUUCUACUCUAUGUUUAGGUAAUAGGAUACCAGCCAACAUGUUUUAGUGGAGAUCUGUAUUUCUUUUAAUGAUGGUUUAUAUUUGUUUCAAAUAAACGAAAUAAUUAAAGUGUUUUGCUUUCUGGUGAUGUGAUAAAAGGUGUCAAGGGCACAUGCACAGAAUGAAUCAUAAUCUGAAUACAGAAUUCCAUAAAGUGGCUAUUGUAUUACACAAUAUUAUGAAAAGCAGAGCAUAAGUUACUGUUUCUGAGUAACUCUUAGAAGUCUGGUGGUA